AUGGGGUUCCAUGACUUGGUUUUGCUAUUAUGUUCUACUUGGUGUGUCUUUUAUGUGGGUAGUUGCAGUGCUCAAUUGCAACCCUCUCAGACCCAAGUUCUUCUCCAGUUGAAAAAGCAAUUGGAGUACCCAAAACAGUUGGAAAUAUGGAAAGAUCGUUGGACAGAACUUUGCUCUAUACCUUCUUCUACACAAGUAAACCUCACAUGCAAGGACAAUUUUGUUACUGAACUCACCAUCUUGGGUGAUAAACCAACUAAGGAUAGAGAUUUUGAUGGGUUUGCUAUUCCAAAUCAAACACUAUCACAAAGCUUCUCCAUGGACUCUUUUGUGGCUACUUUAGCAAGGUUAACUAGCCUGAGAGUUCUUCGUCUCAUCUCUUUGGGUAUUUGGGGACCACUCCCUAAUAGUAUUCACCGGCUUUUUGCACUUGAACACUUGGACUUGAAUUCUAACUAUCUGUAUGGAUCAAUCCCUCCAAAGAUUUCCACAAUGGUGAACCUUCAAACUCUUAGAUUGGGUGAUAAUUUCUUCAAUGGUACCAUACCCAGCUUGUUCAAUUCAUCAAGUAAUCUUAUUGUUCUUAGUUUGAAGAAUAACAGGUUGAAGGGUCCAUUUCCACCUUCAAUCCUUAGCAUCACUACCCUCACUGACAUUGACAUGUCAAGCAAUCAAAUAUCAGGAAGCUUGCAAGAUUUCACUGGUUUGAGUAGCUUGGAACAGCUAGAUUUAAGGGAAAACAGAUUAGACUCUGAACUACCUGCAAUGCCUAAAGGGUUGAUCAGGCUUUUCCUCAGUAUAAACUCCUUCUCAGGUCAAAUUCCAAAGCAAUAUGGUCAACUAAAUAAGCUUCAACAGCUUGAUAUUUCCUUCAAUGCACUCACAGGCACUGCUCCUGCUGAACUUUUUUCUUUGCCUAACAUCAGUUACUUGAAUUUGGCAUCAAAUAUGUUUGGUGGGACACUCCAAGAUCACCUAAUAUGUAGCAGCCAACUUAGAUUUGUUGACAUAUCACACAAUAGGUUAGUGGGGGGCUUGCCUUCUUCUCUUAGCACUGAAUCAGAAAAUAGAGUUGUUAAGAGCGAUGGAAACUGUUUAUCUGGGAGUGUGCAACAUCAGCAUUCAGUGUCCUACUGCACAGAGGCUCAUGUGAAGAAGAAACCUCAAAGAGUUGGAGUUUUUGUUGGUGUCAUUGUGGGAAUUCUUGUGAUCAUCGUGGUUUUGGCUUUGUGCAUUGUUAUAACUUGUAAAAGGUAUUGCUCUCGAGGGAUGUCAGAGCAGCACCUAUUGCAUAAAACAGUCCAAGAUAGCUACUCAGCAGGGUUCUCCUCUGAGCUUAUUACAAAUGCAAGAUAUGUUUCUGAAGCUGCUAAGUUAGGCAAGGAAGACCUUCCCAUGUGUCGCUCAUAUUCCUUGGAAGAGCUAAAGGAAGCCACAAAUAACUUUGACAACUCUACUUUUAUGGGUGAAAAUAUAUAUGGCAAGCUUUAUAGAGGAAAACUGGACAGUGGGAUACAGGUUGUAAUAAGGUGCUUACCUUUGUCAAAAAAGUAUUCAAUUCGGAAUUUCAAACUGAGGUUGAAUUUGCUUGCAAAGCUCCGUCACCCCAAUUUGGUAUCCCUCUUGGGGCACUGCAUUGAUGGUGUUUUAGGAGAGAAUACUACCACAAAAGUCUUUCUCAUUUAUGAAUGUGUGUCAAAUGGAAGUUUUCAGACUUAUCUCUCUGGAGAUAGUCCUGGCAAGGUUUUUAAUUGGUCAGAGCGAUUAUCAGUUCUAAUUAGUAUUGCUAAGGCUGUCCACUUUCUACACACUGGAACAAUACCUGGUUUCUUCAAAAAUCGAAUUAAGACCAACAAUAUCUUGCUUACUGAGAAUUGGAUAGCAAAGUUGAGUGACUAUGGAUUGUCCAUUAUCUCAGAAGAAACUGAUGCAUGUGGGGUAAAAGGAGAAAGCCCUAAUUCAUGGCAAAUGAAAAGUUUAGAGGAUGAUGUUUAUAGCUUUGGAUUCAUACUACUCGAGGCACUUGUUGGACCUUCAGUAUCUUCUAAAAGAGAAGUAAUUGUGCAGAAUGUAAUGGCAUCUUUCAAUAAUCAAGAUGGUUGGAAAGAGAUAGUGGACCCAGUUGUGCAAGCUACUUGCUCUAGAGAAUCACUAUUGAUUGUGAUUUCCAUAACAAACAAAUGUAUUUCUCCUGAGUCCUGUAGCAGACCAUCCAUAGAGGAUGUCCUUUGGAACUUGCAGUAUGCUUCUCAAGUUCAGGCAACAGCUGAUGGGGAUCAGAGAAUUUGAAUUGAUACUCCACUACAUCAGUGACCGUGACUUGUGAGUUGUGCUUCAACCUGCUCCCAAAGAUAACUAUUUCAACGUUUCAUCCUUUGAAAUUCUUAGAAGGGUCUCAAAGGGAUUGAGAUCCUCCAGAGUUUUAAGUAGAGUGAAGGAUGGUACAGUUGCCAUCAAAUGGUUUGUAUUUGUUAAAUUGUAUUUUUAUUUUUUGUCUUCACAUAAAGUGAAACAUUUUUUGUGGUUGAGAUCUCAUACAGUUUGUUUUAGAGGAUUGUUAUCCGUAGGAAAGUAUUGGCUGCAUACCCCAAUUCAGUCAAUUUUCA